UAAUCGAGAAACUUCACUGGACCUUAAAAACAUCUCUUAUCCUCUUCUGUUUUCAAUAUGGAUAGAUAGAUAGAUAGCCCAACACACUGUAAAAGAAAAAAGCUCUCACAGGAAACAGCGCCAAUGGCUACUUGUACCACCACACCUUCAUCAUCGUUGAUGAUAACAUACGCCGCCGCAUCUACUGUACACGCCCAAGCCCUCACUCCUUCCGUUCUAUCCUUCAAGUCCAACAAGCCUACCUUUUCUAUUAACCCACUUGCUCUCAAGACUUCUAUAGACAGAAAAUCCGGCAUCAAAUGGGCUAAUCUAUGUCCCCAGAGAGAUUCCAAGCACCAUGUCGUGGCUGCCGUGGCUGCGGAGGCUGAGGUGGCUGAGGCUACCGACGAAAAUGAUGGAGUGGCAGCUGAGGGUGGCACCGCUACCGCUAUUGCUACUGCUCCGCCCAAGCCCAAGAAAGGAAAGGCUGCGUUGCCUCUUAAGAGAGACAGAACGAGAUCAAAGAGAUUCUUGGAAAUUCAAAAAUUAAGGGAAACCAAAAAGGAGUAUGAUCUAAAGACAGCAAUAUCUUUGUUAAAGGAAAUGUCGAGUACAAAGUUUGUAGAGACAGCUGAAGCCCAUUUCCGCCUUAACAUCGAUCCCAAGUAUAAUGAUCAACAGCUGAGAGCAACUGUGAAUUUGCCUAAGGGAACUGGUCAAAAGGUUAAGGUUGCCGUUCUUACUCAAGGUGAAAAGUUCGAUGAAGCAAAAAAUGCUGGAGCAGAUAUUGUUGGUGGUGAGGACUUGAUUGAACAAAUAAAGGGAGGAUUCAUGGACUUUGACAAAUUAAUUGCCUCCCCAGAUAUGAUGGUUAAGGUUGCAGGCCUUGGAAAGAUUCUAGGACCACGAGGGCUCAUGCCAAAUCCUAAAGCUGGUACCGUCACACCCAAUAUACCUCAGGCUAUAGAAGAAUUCAAAAAGGGUAAAGUUGAAUACAGAGCUGAUAAAACUGGGAUUGUUCACAUACCUUUCGGGAAAGUAGACUUCUUGGAAGAUGACCUUCUUGUGAACUUACUUGCUGCAGUAAAAUCAAUCGAAACAAACAAGCCGAAAGGUGCAAAAGGAGUGUACUGGAAAAGUGCACAUAUAUGCACAUCAAUGGGUCCUUCGAUCAAGUUAAACAUAAGGGAGAUGCUUGAUUACAAGCCUCCAUCAAACGUUUGAAGAAUAAUGACCACUAACAGUUGAAAAUGUCUUGGACCCUUCAAUCAGCUAUGUGGCCAUUCUAUGUCAGAACAUGCAGUGCUCAAAUGGAAUUGGGCAUUGGGAUCGAAUCCAAGUGAAACUCUGCAUAUACAUUGCCUUGCCAGAUUAUCAUUCUGUAUACAGAUUUGGACUUGUAUCAUCAUGACUAAUAGCAUCAAUUUAUUUCUUGAUUUCUUA